AUGCCUUAUUUAAGAUCACAGAGCUUCGGCGUAGUUAAUUUUGACACACCAAUAAGCAAAACUUCUCAAUCCAAGCCAAUAGCUGAUAUUGAGGAUACUUUCUCCACUUUUUUUAUUAAUGGUAUCCCGCGAUAUCCCAAAGAUCGUGAUCAAUUCGAAGUCAAAACUAUUAGUGAGCAAAGAUUUUUCGCAAAUGAAGUUCUUAAUUUUGUAUUUAUCGGGUUUGAUCAAAAAGAAUUGUCUCAAUUUAUGGACAGGUGUAAAAGCGAUAUCGACUUGACGGAUUUUGAGUUCAACAUGAAAAAGCUUUUUUCGGCUAAAAUAGGAAUAUAUACAUUUAGACAACUAUCAAAAAAGUUUCCCGAAAAUGUUGCGUACAAGAAAACUUUUGUAAAUUGGCAAACAUUUGAUCAACGUUAUUAUGAAUAUAGAAAACGGAAUGGCAUUGAUGCUUUUGAUCAGACUGAAAAAAUUGAAGAUUAUCUUUACAGGUUCCUCGAUAAUAAAUAUAGUUGGUACCAUGUAGACAUUCUGAAGAUUGAACAAUCUAACAAUAAGCAAAGUAGGUUUUUAAGGUCCUUAAAAUUAGAAUUCAAAAAAAGGCAGUUUGAUAUCAAGGAACAUUUUAAAAAAUAUGAGAGCAAGUUUAAUUUGGAACCAUAUGAAUAUGCCACUUUCACUAUAGUUAACGAGGGGGUAAAUUCUGUCAAGAAAAGUAGAGAAAAGACAAAAACGAAAACGAAAACGAAAACGAAAACGAAAACAAAAACAAAAACAAAAACAAAAACAAACGAACGAACCAAUAAAAAAAAUAACCUGGUACAAAAUAACAACAAGCAAACUCAAUGCAAUGCUUUGUUCAAUUUUACCAAAGAUGGCCAACAAAGUCAUGAUUAUUUAAAAAUGGCUAUCCUGGACAAUCCAAAAAGUUUAAUCAGUACACCUAGUUCAGAGGUAACUUCCCCCAUUUCAGCGUCUAAAAACGUUAAUAACAUUAAGCUGUUACCGAGAAAAUCAAUCCUAAGAGGAGGAAGUAAAUAUUCAUCAUUCUCUUCAGCAACAUCAGAAAGUUCAAAUAUAAAUUCUCUUACUGACACCAGUGGUCAAUAUCACUAUAAAAUAGGUGACGAUGGAAUUGAUACUAGAAACAACAAAAGCGGUAGCAGUAGUAGUAGUAGAGGUUCCAUUAAAAGUGUAAGGUUUGACGAACAGGUUAGAGUGGCAAAAUAUACUGUGGAAACAGAUAAAGUACCUAGACCAUAUGUUAGUAAAUCAAAGGCAAGAAAGUUUCAUUGUCCUAACCAUGGAAUUAGUUGUGAUUUUGAACACGCUACUGAUGAAAAAUUUUUGGCAAUAAAACCAGUGGUGAAUAAAAUUGAAAAACCAAAAUAUGUUUAUGAUGCUCGCGAUAAAAGCAGCGCAGCUUCCCAUUACACAUGUGGCAGCAACGAUGCCGAGGACGAAAAAGAUGAAUAUGAAAAAAAUGGCAUCGAUAAAGCCAAAGUUGGUUUGACAAACCUACCGCUGUUUUUGGAAAAGACAAUUCCAAACACAAGAGUAGAACAAGAUGUUAAAACAAGACAUAAAGAUUUUCAUGAAGAAUUGGUCAAUAAAUGUAAGCAGUUUGAUCUGGAAUUGUAUCGAAAUUUUUCGGUACAAUUGGAAAAGAGUGUAUUUAUUAAUCUGGUCGAAGAAAUGAUAAAUGAUGGGUUAAAUAUUUACAAUAUCAAGCAACUUUUCUUUAAAUCUAAUGGAUCAGAAGAAGCGUUUGCAAUAAGAUUUUUUGCCAUGUUCAUGAAUUAUUUGUAUCAGUAUAAGAGAGCAGCAAGGAUUAAUAAUCCACAAAAUAAUGAGAAUUUGAGUAAAGCAACACCAAAAGUGAUUUUUGGAAUGUACUAUGCCAAUCUAUUUGACAAAUAUAAAAAUGAUUUUGAAAAAAUGAGUAGCAACGAAUUACAUCAUUUGUUAGAGAAACUAACGGCAGAAUUGGAAGUGAGCAGUUUGAAUAUAAGUCAGAUGAAGAAGGAUGAAGAAGCUUCAAAAAAAAUAUUGAUUAAUGCUUACUGCGAAAGUUUACAAACCUAUAAAGAUUUAUUGUGCUAUAAAGAUACACUUGACUACGAAUAUUUUACCAAGUUCUUCGAACAACAAGGUAUAUCAAAGGAAAUGAGGAAGACCUAUGAAGAUUAUGAUAAAGUUAUUGACAAUAUGUUGCGAAAUCCCUAUGUUGUUUACGAGAUCGAAUUGUUGAUAAAACAGAUUUUGCCACUGCCUCUAGCAAAUAUUAGAUGCUUUCCGAAUAUUUACUAA